UCUAGCUCCCCUCCCAGCCCGCGUCUCCUCCCCCUCCGCUCGCCUGCUCCCUGGCGUGACUCGGCACUCGCAGCUCCGGGAGGACACGUCGUGGUCGCCGUUCUCGCCCAGGCCCCGGCCUCCUGCAGCCUCUCUCCGGCCUCUCUUGGGCUUUCGUCUUAAGUUUUGAGGCCGGAGGCGUCGUGGCCGUCCUGCCGGGCUCUCUGUAAGGAUGGUGGGAGUGAAGCCGGUCGGGAGCGAUCCAGAUUUCCAGCCGGAGCUGAGUGGGGCGGGCUCCAGACUUGCUGUGGUCAAGUUCACCAUGAGAGGGUGUGGACCAUGUUUGAGGAUCGCCCCGGCAUUCAGUUCUAUGAGUAAUAAGUACCCACAGGCAGUCUUCUUGGAAGUAGAUGUGCAUCAGUGCCAGGGAACAGCUGCUACCAACAAUAUAUCAGCAACACCUACAUUUUUGUUUUUUCGAAACAAAGUGAGAAUUGAUCAGUAUCAAGGAGCAGAUGCUGUGGGACUGGAAGAAAAAAUCAAGCAGCACUUAGAAAAUGACCCUGGAAGCAAUGAGGACACAGACAUUCCCAAGGGCUAUAUGGAUUUAAUGCCUUUUAUUAACAAAGCUGGCUGCGAAUGUCUCAAUGAAAGUGAUGAGCACGGCUUUGACAACUGCUUACGAAAAGACCUGUCCUUCUUGGAGUCUGACUGCGACGAGCAGCUGCUUAUUACUGUGGCAUUCAAUCAACCAGUUAAACUUUAUUCCAUGAAGUUUCAAGGACCAGAUAAUGGUCAGGGUCCUAAAUAUGUAAAAAUUUUUAUCAACCUACCCCGAUCUAUGGACUUUGAGGAGGCAGAAAGGAGUGAGCCAACCCAAGCUCUGGAACUGACAGAAGAUGACAUUAAAGAAGAUGGCAUUGUUCCUCUUCGUUAUGUUAAAUUUCAGAAUGUGAACAGUGUAACUUUAUUUGUUCAGUCUAAUCAAGGAGAAGAAGAAACAACAAGAAUUUCCUAUUUUACUUUCAUUGGUACUCCCGUCCAGGCAACAAAUAUGAAUGACUUCAAACGAGUAGUUGGCAAAAAGGGGGAAAGCCAUUAGGGUACAAAAGACACUGGAAGACUACUGCAGUCAGAUUUGCAGCUCCUGGAUAAUUGCUUGAUUCUCUUCGGAAACUGUUAAUCUUUUAUUUGUUGCCAGUACCAAUAAAUCAUUGCUUUUGUUCAGAUGGUAUUACUAGUGUUUCUAUUGUAAUCUUGAUACAUGCAGUUGUAAAUAAAAGUCAUUACUUUGCCAAGCUUAAAUUUUUGUCAUUCUGUAUAAAUGCAUUCUCUCUCUUUUUAUUUGAACAUUGGCUAAGCUUUUGUUUUAGAAGAGUCAUUGACUAAAAGCUAGUCUGUCUCUAGAGGAGCGGGACGUUGCAGGACUUGGGAGCACUGUCUAUACACGUGGAGUGUUUUGAUAUGGACUUGAGACAUCCGUAUAUGUGGAAUGUUUUGAUGCAUGGAUUUGGGAUGGUUAACCAAGUUCAAGACCAUACUGACUUAUUUUAUCAAAAGAUAUUUAGGGAUCUAGGCUUUAUAAAUUUACUCAAUUCUAAGCAUCUAUUACUCCUGUCACUGGCAGUUAACAGGUUUACAAAUGUUUUGUUUCUAAGUUAUCAUCACCAUUGAUAUCCUUGUGUACCUGCCGCCCAAAUGGUGGGAUUGUAGGCAUAUACCACUCUCGUGCCAAGAUUUUAACUCUCUGUAUAAACCUAAAAGUUAGAGUCAGCUAUUCCCUUUAAUAAGGCAGGCAUUAAUACUAAAUUCAGAAAAUUUGGAAAAAUAUAAUACAACGAAUUUAUCGAAAUUUAGAAGUGGAAUCUAAUCUAAUUUAUUAUCUUAAGUUCACCAAAACAUUCACUCUAAAUAUAUAGAUAGAAAACAUGAUAAAGCUUAGAAUGAGUUGUCCCAACUGAUUGAAAGGUCUUUCACAAUAGACUGGCUAAGACAAAUAUUUGUUCUUACAUGCUUUUUUAACACUUAAUAUUGGCAAAUUUAAUGUUUAAAUACUUUAUUUUUUAUGUGCAUGUGUGUUUUGCCUCCGUGUGUGUAUUCAUGUGGGUGUGGUGCCCAACAGAGGCCAGAAGAGCCUCAGAAACCCUGGAAAAGGGGUGGGAGCUGCUUGGGAGCUGCCGUGUGGGUGGUAGGAACAAACCGCGGCCUCUCCAAGACUGCUGCUCCGGCCCACAAGGUUGUCUUGUACUUCAUUACUUUAAAAGCAUAUGUAAGACUAUAAUUUGUAAUUCAGUUACACAUUUGAGGACAUUCUUAUCUAGAAAUAGUGCAGAGAUUUGCCCUUUGGAUACUAAUGUAUUUAUACAUAAUUAUGAAAAAAGUAUCGUCGUCGUUGAAGUAGUGUUGAAGUACUCCUUUUCUGAAACUUGUGUCCUUAUGUGAUGUUCAGAUCAUUUGUAUGUGAGUACAGUAACUGGUCUGUGGUGCGGCUGUAUUUUAUGUAUUUCACAGAGUUUGUUGACUCGGAAAAAUGGAAGACAACAAAAUAAAAGUUUAUAGUACCUGUAAACCAUCUUGAAGUUAAUCAUACCUGAAAUGGAGAAUACGAUUAACAAGAAAAGUUGUAGUUUAUACUUAUCCUUUUGGGGGGAAUCAUAAAAGUGCCUCAUCUCAGGUGUAAAUGGUCUCAUCUUAUUCGACUACUUGAAAAACCAAGUAAAAGUGGUUUCACAUUUGCAAAGGAUCAGACAUCAGAUUUUCUGUUGUUCAUAUGAUUCCUGUUACUUUGUUGCAACUUACAGACAUUCCAUCAUUCAAGUUGUAAAUAGUGAAGAAUGCUAGUAGGAAACUUACAUGUGUCACAAACAAAUACGCAUGAUUGAGAUAUAAAACCAAGCUAAAAUGCUAUUUUCUGUUAAGCUAGUUAAUAUAAAUAUAUAUUUCUAGAUAUAAGUAAGUAUAUUUACAUAUAAGUUUUUCUCAAAAGAACAUGAGGAAUGUGUAGCCUUAGCUCUUUUAUCAUUAGCCAUCCAUUAAUGUUUUCUAGAAAACUAAUAUUUAUUACCAAAAAUCUGCAUGCAUCGUUUUUCACGUCAGGCUGCCUAGUUGAGACAUACAAUGAAAUGCUUUGUCAGCAGAAACAAAGUAUUGCCAAAGUAUUGCUUUUCAGAGAAAGCCUAACAAUAAGACUAGCCCUUGUUACUCCACUCAAGAGUUCCCGUUGGUCUUUAUACUUUGACUAUCUGCUGUCAAGUACCAAAUUGGACCCUCUCGGCAUACGAAUAUAUUGGAUGGAGUUAGUCACUUAGCCUUCUGCCAACCGUGUUUCUUUAAAUGAUUAAAGAUGUGUAAGUUUUUUUUUUGUACUAUUAAUAGUUUUUGCUAUUAGUGUAUAUUUAAUACCAGCAUUUGUUUUAUGGAUGUUGUUAGUAUCAAAUUGAGAGCUUUGAGAUCACAAUGUCAGCAACGAGAUACAGUCUGUACGUGACAGUUACAUCCUUGUCAGAUCUUAAUAUGAACAAGACCUGUACAAUGACACUGUCAGCUGACUUGCCAAAUCUCUACAUGAAAAGCUACUAAGAACCAGUCUUACCCGGGGAAAAGUCUCUUGGUAAGUUAUCCAAUCCCAAGUGGCCAACCCUAAAUACAAACAAGCAAUACCAAAUGUACUUGACAGGUUAUAUUCAUGUACAUGCAUAUGUGGACAUGUCUGCUAUUGCUGUGAAUACCCCUGACCAAGGCGUGUUACAGAAGAACUCAUUGACCCUGACUCAGAGGGUGAGUCUGUGUUGGGGAGCAUGGCAGGAGGCAAGCAGGCAUGGUACUGGGGUGGUAGCUGAAUGCCUGCGUACAGUCUGAUCCAGAACUAUGAGGCAAGGAGAGCCAACUGGGAAUGGUGUGGGCCUUUGAAAUCACAGCAGAAAAAGGAGGGAUUAUGUUAUAAUUACAUUGAAAAGUAUAAGGUGACUGAUACGUAGCUUAUUUGAAUCAAUACCAAUACCCUUGGUUUCUUUUUUUAUUACACCAAAGACAAUUUUUGUCUACAAUUUCUUAAGUGUUGUUUAUAUAUGAAAAUUUCAAUGUCUCAUUUGUCUACUCACCUCACUUGAUUAUCGUGGUUGAGAAAUAUUGAUACAGGAGAAAUUGGAAUUUACUCCUAAAGUUUUUAGUCUCAUUAAUAAAGUGCAUUUUAAUAUA